GUUAUGCUGUAUUUGUCCGGUACCGUACUUAUCUGGGAAGGUAUACAUGUCACCGUUACACGACAGACGCCUCCCAACAAUUACUCGCCGAACACCAGAAGUACCGACGCGAGCUCAAUCUAUGAUAUCAUCGACAGUGUACACGAAACGAGAGAAACAUGUAGAAGAGAAGUCUUCAGAUGUAUAUCAGAGCAGUGAUGAGGAUGAUACCUUAGUAGGAACAUCUCAUAUUUCCAUCAUUACGUAGCUAAGAUGUCAUUUGAGGUUACUUGGAAUGGCAACGAUGAUCCUAACGAUCCUUACAACUGGCCAUUCGCCCGAUGCAUGGCCAUGACAACAUUGAUCUCUGUUGGAGGUUUGGUCUCGACAAUGUCGACUAGUAUGAUGGCUCCUGCUCUUACUCAAAUCAGUACAGACCUUGGUCUCGGAGCCUCUGCUACUCAACUAGCACUCUCAAUAUAUCUCUUGGCCUUUGUGUUUGGACCAUUCAUCAUAGCUCCAUUUUCAGAGAUGUAUGGAAGAAAACCUGCUUGGCUAUUCUGCCAUGUAUGGUACAUUUUCUGGAACGCUUUAUGUCCUGUCAACAAAUCGAAAGGUAUCUUGAUCGCAGGUCGUUUCCUGUCUGGGUUCGGUGGAAGUGUUGGUAUAGCAAUCGCAUCUGCCACAACAGCAGAUCUCUGGCGACCCAGCCAACGGGGAGUCUCCCUUUCCAUCGUCACCUUUGCACCAUUUCUUGGGGCAGCAAUAGGUCCCAUACUGGGCGGAACCAUAACCCAACACGUCGGCUGGCCUUGGCUCUUCUGGACCGUCUCUCUCUUCGACUCAUCUAUCCUCUUUCUGUCUCUCUUCCUCGUUCAUGAAUCCUAUGCCCCAGUCCUCCUCUCCCGCAAAGCCGCCAAGCUCCGGAAAUCAACAGGCAACCCUCUAUACUCGACCCAAUUCGAGCGCUCGCACCCCACCCUCGGAAAAAAGCUCAUGGUGUCCUUCACGCGUCCCAUAAAAGUAUUAGUCACCCGACCAAUAAUCCAAUUCAUGUCCCUCCUCCUCGCCUACAACUUCGGCAUCUACUGUCUCGCUCUCGCCACAUUCGCCAACAUCUUCGCAGACAAAUACCACCAGACCGAAUCCCAGCGAGGCUUAAACUACAUCGCCAUCGCAUUAGGUUCCACAAUCGCAACUCAAGUCGGAGGCCCAGUAACAGAUCGUGUCUGGGCUCAUCUCAAAGGCAAAGCAAGUGGAAAAGUAGUCCCCGAAUACCGCGUCCCACUCAUGAUCCCCGGGACUCUGCUUACUCCUAUUGGACUCUUCUUGUAUGGCUGGUCAGCGGAACGUCACUGGCACUGGAUCGUGACCGAUAUUGGGGCGGCGAUAUUCAGUGGGGGUAUCAUGAUGGGUUCUAAUGCUAUGUAUGCGUACCUCAUUGAUGAAUUUGCUGAGCAUGCUGCGAGCGCGAAUGCGGCGGCCAGAUCCUGGACUAAUGUGAUGGGAUUUGUGUUUCCGAUUUUUGCUCCGAGUUUGUAUCAGAGGUUUGGGUAUGGAUGGGGGAAUAGCUUGUUGGCUUUCAUUUAUUUGGGUUUGGGGAUUCCGGCUCCGUUGAUUUUGUGGAGAUAUGGGGAGAGGUUGAGGGCUUUGGGAAAACCGGUGGAGAUGAUGUUAAAUGGAUCUGCGGAGACUGUGGAUACGAUGCAGACGACGCAGGGCUUGGAAAAGGCUGAUGAGAAGCGCUAAUCGCUCUUUCUGGUUGUCUCCAUCCGAGUCUUAUACGAGGUACGAAGUCACGAUUUCACGGAAAUGGGUAUAAUUUUACAGGAGUACUGAUAAGUAGUACAAGGCUUAUGGUUAUAUAAUAGCAACUUAACGGCAAUGGCAAUAUCUAGCAUUGACAAUGAUGAUUGAACUAACCACCUCCUUGUCUCUCGCUUCUAGAAGUGACACAACUUUCUCUUAUUCAAGAACUUUUCGUGGUGCAGCGACAUGAUUAGAGCUCAUUUGAACAUCAAGCAAGCCAUCUCACAUUCGAGCAAAGAACCAGGCUUGACAAGCUAGGUACCUGUUGUAGGUAUGGAGUCACGUUUCUUGGCAUCAAGAACGCGG